CUUAUUUUGUGUUAUUCAAUCCUCUUACUUUUCUCUUUAAACCGCAGGACGUCCUGCCUGCCGUUCAAAGGCAUCUCGCGACGCAGAAGGUAAUAUUUUAAUACAACGAGCUGCUGCUAGCAAUGGAUUCAGGUCUGCUUUGGAUCGGAUCUGGUAUGGGCCUGACAAUAGUCAUGAAGACUUAUGCAAAUCACUUUUGCAGAACUUUGAAAUGUGUGUAGCUAUUGAAGAAGUAGACAGAGAUAGUAGAUGGUGCCAGGACGAGAAGAGAGCGCUGGAAGAGCAUUGUGAUGAGUUUAGGUCUUCUUGGAAUGAUUGGUGGGCAAAAGAGAAGAAAAGAAAGUGCGAUAUAAUGUUAUUAGGUUUUGGAUGGUGUUUGGAUAGGCACGGCAAGGAGUCAAAGCAAUGCCAAUUUGAAGCUGAGGAGCUUAAAAAGUUCUGUGAUAUAGAAGUUUAAUGACAAGCUGUUUUCAACAUACUUUAUUGAUGAUGAUCCUAAUUAGUUACGGAGUACUACCUAUAUAACACUCCCUUCGUCCAAUUCACAUGAUGUUGUUAAAGAGGUUGGAUUGAAAUUAUUUUCAAUUUAAUUUAUUUGCAAAAUGGAAGAGAUAUAUUUUAAAAUUAUAUCAAAAGUUCUACAAAACAAUAGAUGAUAAGAAUAUAU